GUCGGGCACAUGCUUCUCCUCCAAUGGCCCCGUUUAGGUGUGACAGAAACAACAAAGGACGUGGACAAACUCGCAUCAGCACCAGUGAACACCCAGUCCCCUAAACAAGAUUGUCUGCAGCUUUUGCAAUAUGCAAUAGGCUGCAUAAUUACAUUCCUUCUGGCGUCUGUACAGUCGGGAGUGUUUUAGAGCAGACUGGUGACAACAAAACGGGUCCAAAAGGCAUCGGAAGACAGGCGUCAAGUCUCACUAAGAAACGGGUCCAAAAGGCAUCGGAAGACAGGCGUCAAGUCUCACUAAGAAACGGGUCCAAAAGGCAUCGGAAGACAGGCGUCAAGUCUCACUAAGAAACGGGUCCAAAAGGCAUCGGAAGACAGGCGUCAAGUCUCACUAAGAAACGGGUCCAAAAGGCAUCGGAAGACAGGCGUCAAGUCUCACUAAGAAACGGGUCCAAAAGGCAUCGGAAGACAGGCGUCAAGUCUCACUAAGAAAGAAAUGUGCCACUAAAUGGGAAGAGAAAUAGACGAGCGCUGUGAAAAUAACUGAAAGAAAGGGAAAAGUGGAGAGAGUGAAGUGGACUCCGCAGAACACCGAAAAGAUUCCAGAGGCGAGUGACCAUUGAAGGGCCCUCUCCAUGGAUUUAGACACAGACUAUGAGCGGCCCAAUGUGGAAACCAUUAAAUGUGUGGUGGUAGGGGACAAUGCGGUGGGCAAGACCAGGCUCAUCUGUGCCCGUGCCUGCAAUGCUACCCUCACACAGUACCAGCUGCUCGCCACCCACGUGCCAACUGUCUGGGCCAUCGACCAGUACCGCGUGUGCCAGGAGGUGUUGGAGAGGUCCAGGGAUGUGGUGGAUGAGGUCAGUGUCUCUCUGAGACUAUGGGACACCUUCGGUGACCAUCACAAAGACAGACGCUUUGCUUACGGCAGGUCUGACGUGGUGGUGCUGUGUUUCUCCCUGGCCAACCCCAACUCCCUGCGUCACGUCCGCACCAUGUGGUACCCUGAGAUCAAGCACUUCUGCCCCCGUACCCCUAUCAUCCUGGUGGGCUGCCAGCUGGACCUGCGCUACGCCGACCUGGAGGCCGUGAACCGCGCCCGCAGACCCCUGGCCAAACCCAUCAAGCCCACAGACAUCCUGCCUCCAGAGAGAGGGCAUGAGGUGGCCAAGGAGCUGGGCAUUCCCUACUACGAGACCAGCAUCGUGGCCCAGUUUGGGGUCAAGGAUGUGUUCGACAACGCCAUCCGUUCCGCUCUCAUCUCCCGCCGCCACCUCCAGUUCUGGAAGUCCCACCUAAAGAGAGUCCAGCGGCCCCUCCUCCAGGCCCCCUUCCUGCCCCCCCGGCCCCCGCGCCCUGUGGUGGGCAUCCCCGACCCACCUCCCAUCGACGGAGAAGCCCCCGACUCCCUCUUCUGCCAGCCACUGUGCGCCGAUGUCCUCUUCCUACUCCAGGGAGGCGCCACGCGCGUCUUCGCACACAAAGUCUACCUGGCCACCUCCUGCUCCAAGUUCUACGACCUCUUCACCCUGGAUCUGCUGGCCAUCGAGUCGGAUUGGGAGGGAGAGGAGUGGGCUGAGAGCGGAGAGGAGGAGGAGCAGAGCAGGAGAGGAGCCAAAGAGCAGGCAGGGCGCACUAAGAGCUUGGACAUCGAUAAUGAGGGGGAGGGGGUAGCCAGGGGACUCAAACGGCCACCCAUGCUCCAGCAGGGCUCCCUGAAGACUUCCAAAAGUGAUAACGCCCUCCCCGCCAGGAGCCAGUGCUCCGUGGGGCCCCUGGGGGCCGGCCGUGGCCUUUCGGGCUGGGGGAGGGGCUUCCUGAGUGUGUACCUGGAGCACGUAGCUGACCCCGAGACAGGGCGACCUCGCCUCAUGACCGUGGUCUCCAUGGACGGCCUCAUACAGGAAGAACCCUUCCAGGCGGUGCUGCAGUACCUGUACACAGGCAGUCUGGACGAGGGCCGAGGGGAUCUGAUGCAGGUGGCCACCAUCGCUGAGCUGCUGGAGGUGUUUGACCUGAGGAUGAUGGUGGCCAACGUGCUGAACCACGAGAGCUUCAUGAACCAGGAGAUCACCAAGGCCUUCCACGUCCGCCGAGCCAACCGCAUCAAAGAGUGCCUUAGCAAGGGCACCUUCGCCGAUGUGGUGUUCCGCCUGGACGAUGGCUACCUGCCAGCCCACAAGCCUCUGCUCAUCUCCAGCUGUGACUGGAUGGCCGCUAUGUUCCGGGGAUCCUUCAUGGAGAGCUACAUCAAGGAGGUGUCCAUCCCUGACACCAGUAGUGCCUGUAUGCGUGCAGUGUUGGAGUUCCUAUACUGUGGGCUGCUGAUGGCCUGUCCUGACUGGGAGCGUAUGGAGCUCAUCGUCCUAUCCAACCGGCUGUGUCUGCCACGCCUCGUUGCCCUCACAGAGCAACAUGUUGUGGAUGAGCUGCUACAGUGUUUGGUGAAGGGAGUAGACAUUGACGGACAGGUGCUUGCUUACCUGGAGUUGGCUCAGUUCCACAAUGCCAAGCAGCUUUCUGCCUGGUGUCUCCAUCACAUCUGCACCAACUACAACAGCGUUUGUCGCAAGUUCCCCAAAGACAUGAAGGUCAUGUCUCCAGAGAACCAGAGGCACUUUGAGAAGCAGCGAUGGCCUCCAGUGUGGUUCCUGAAGGAGGAGGACCGCUACCUGCGCUCUCAGAAGGAGCGCCAGCGCGAGGAAGAGAUCCUUGGUAAGCAGCACACCAAGAGGGGCUGGUGCUUCUGGAGACACUCGUCCUCCUCGCCCCACGUCUCCUGAGGCUAUCACCCCUCCAUGACCCCUCCUGCUCCUGUCCUCUGACCUCUCACCCCAGACUGAGGAGGCCAUGAGUCUACCACCCCUCCAUGACGGGAGAGCCAAGUCUCCCCUCUGUAUGAUUGUCUGUGUCUGUGUGGUUAUACUGGGGACCAGAAGUCCUCACAAGGAAAAACAAGGACAAUUCUGACAACU